GGUCUCCGAGCGAUGGCAGCCGCCACGGCCCCUUCAGGUGUAUCCCUGCAAGAAGCCACUCAGCGAAAAUUGCGGAGGUUUUCACAACUAAGAGGCAAACCUGUGGCAGCUGGAGAAUUCUGGGAUGUAGUUGUAAUAACAGCAGCUGAUGAAAAGCAGGAACUUGCUUAUAGGCAACAGCUGUCAGAAAAGCUGAAAAGAAAGGAAUUACCCCUUGGAGUUCAAUAUCAUGUUUUUGUUGAUCCUGCUGGAGCCAAAAUUGGAAAUGGAGGAUCGACACUUUGUGCUCUUCGAUGCUUGGAAAAGCUAUAUGGAGAUAAAUGGAAUUCUUUUAUUAUCCUAUUAAUUCACUCUGGUAAAGUUAUACUUUAUUAAUUUUUAUUGUCUUUGAAGUAUCCUAUCUCUCAUAUCCUAGGGACUUUUUUCUCCCUUACAAAUAAU